GGGAAAACCUGAACAUUCCUGCGGAGGGAACCGGCGCUCCGGCCUCCCGCCUUGUCGCGUCCCUUGGGUCGCUUGAGUGCUUCCUUGCGACGCGGGCGCUUCCUCUGGCUGCCGCCUGCUUCCCUCCCCCCGUGCAGUCUGGGAAAGCCGGGGACUCGGAGGGUUUCGGAAGGCGGAGGCCCUGGCACGCUGGUUUGCCUGUUUGGGCGCGGAGACCUCUCUGAGCGUGCUCCCGAGAUCCGGCUUUUGGAGAGCGCUCCCUUGCUGGAAGGGGCCGGGGGUGCUCCCGGCAGAAAAGUGCCGCCGUUCUCCGAGCCCCUGCGCAGCGAGAGUCCGAGCGGCAGCGUUGCUGCGGGGCCUGUGGAGUAGUUGGGGCUCAAAGAAAGGCAUAAACUCCCGAGUGCUUUGGUGGGGAAGCAGGGGGCUGGUGCUCGGAGCGGCCGCUUGCCUUGCUGCUUCCUUCCCGAGGCCGUCAGCAAGUUCUGCAACGGGAAGGACGGAGAAGAUCUAAAGCAAUAUGCCAGGAAAGCGCACUGCAAAGAAGAGCCCAACCCCAGAAGAAGGGUCUCCUGAGAGGAAGAAGGUUAAAGUUUGCCACCCUUCACACCGGACGCAGCCUGGCCUGGUGCUUACGCUGGGGCAGGGGGAUGUCGGGCAGCUGGGCCUGGGGGAGGAUGUGAUGGAGAGGAAAAAGCCAGCCUUGGUGCAGCUCCCGGAGAUGAUAGUCCAGGCGGAAGCAGGAGGGAUGCACACGGUGUGCCUCAGCGAGACGGGCAAAAUCUACACCUUUGGCUGCAAUGACGAAGGCGCCCUUGGGCGUGACACCUCCGCAGAAGGGUCGGAGAUGAAGCCAGGGGAGGUGGAGCUGCAGGAAAAGGUGGUGCAAGUCUCUGCAGGGGACAGUCAUACAGCUGCGCUGACGGAUGAUGGCAGGGUUUUUGUCUGGGGCUCUUUCCGGGAUAACAACGGGGUGAUUGGGUUGCUGGAGCCCAUGAAGAAGAGCUCAGUUCCUGUGUUGCUUCAGCUCGAUGCACCAGUUGUUAAAAUUGUCUCAGGGAAUGACCACUUAGUGAUGCUGACGGUGGACGGUGACCUGUUCACGUGUGGCUGCGGCGAGCAGGGCCAGCUGGGGAGAGUGCCGGAGCUCUUUGCCAACCGAGGAGGAAGGAAAGGCCUACAGCGCCUGCUGGUCCCCCAGCGUGUCCCCGUCAAAGGCAGAGGCAACAGAAGCAAAAUGCGCUUCCAGGAUGCCUUUUGCGGGGCUUACUUCACCUUUGCCGUCACGCAGGAGGGACACAUCUAUGGUUUUGGCCUCUCCAACUAUCACCAGCUGGGGACCCAGGGCACCGAGCCCUGCUUCUCUCCGCAGAACCUGACGUCGUUCAAGAACUCCACCAAGUCCUGGGUUGGGUUCUCCGGCGGGCAGCACCACACCGUGUGCAUGGACUCCGAGGGUAAAGCCUACAGCCUGGGCAGGGCUGAGUACGGCCGGUUAGGUCUCGGGGAAGGGGCGGAAGAGCAGAGCACGCCCACGGUCAUCCCGGAGCUCCCCAGCGUCUCUUCUGUCGCAUGCGGCGCAUCGGUCGGCUACGCUGUCAGCAGCGAUGGACGAGCGUUUGCCUGGGGCAUGGGCACCAACUACCAGCUGGGCACAGGGGAGGAGGAUGACAUCUGGAGCCCUGUGGAGAUGACAGGCAAGCAGCUGGAAAACCGCGUGGUCCUGGCCGUGUCCAGCGGAGGCCAACACACUGUCUUGCUGGUCAAGGACAAGGAGCAGAGUUGAUGAAGUUGCUCCGCGCAGCCAGGCAUGGCAGGAUCGCGGGGCCCGCGCGCACACACCCACUGUCCGCCCUCGGCCCCGGGGCGCUCAGGGCGUGAGGUCGGGCGACCGGUUCCCACGUCUGGUCUCCAUGACCUUCUGCAGAACGUGCUGGGGAGGGCAGGAGGCUCGCGGAGCUGAGCCUUGGGGCCUCCAUCCUCCCGGGUCCCCAGGCAGUGUCUGCAUGGCUGGAACAGGGCUCUUCAGGGAUGCUUGUUUUUCCUCUCUGGAAGUGUGUGUCUGUCUUUCCUUGGUACCAGGUGCUCUCUCAGCUCCCCCAGUUCAGCUUGGUCCUUUCCUAGGCUGUGGUUAGGUGGGUUUUCCACCUGUUUUCUUGUUUGUUUUUAAUAUUUCCUGGCCCAGUGAAGCCAAGGGCCUUGUCCCUUCCUACACGGAAGGGUUUGGGCACCUGAGGCUUUCUGAGGUCCCUGUGCUCCUCCAGUCUCCGGGUGCUCCUCCCAACCCUUUAACCCGAACAUCUUUUACCUCUGUGGCCCUCUGGCCUCUCUGUUGCUGGCUUUGUCUGCUGCUGCUCGCCAGACCCCUCUCAGCUUGUUCGGGGUGAAAUCUCAGUCCAGCAGAAACAUUCCUGUGCGGAGGGGCCGCGGGGGGAGUUCUCCUGUGUUUGUUUCUCUUGCACACGACGACACCCUCACAGGGAUCUCGUUGCUGUGCUGGAGAGCUGCUGACUUCCAGCUCUCACCCAGGCCAGCGUGCUCCGCGGCGAAGCUGGGGAGCCUGGGUCUCCCGGGGCGGGAACGUGGCCGGACAUUGCCUUUCGCACAGAGGUAUCUUCGGCUUUGGAGCUGCGAGCGUGACUCGGUUGCUGCUCGGGGAGGUGGGCUCCUGCCUCCCUCGCUUGGCUACUUAGGGGUCUGAGCCAAAAUCCUGCAAGAGGUGGGGCUGGGGGCAGGUUGCUCGAUCAAAUACUCCUACCUCCCAUCUUCCUGGAACAACCUCCUCCAUCUCUGCCAGCUUCUUACCGUCACUUCCAGUCCCCUUUGCUCCUUGCUCCCAUUGCCUCUGGAGAUCCAACAAAAUACGAUCCGUGGUGGGGAGUCGUUAUGUUUAUUUUCUUUCCUUCCUUUCCUCUCCGUUUGCUGAGGAAGGAGGUUAAUUUGCCAUUAGGGCCUUGCUGAGAAGACAGAGACAAAAAUCCAACUAUGCAUUUAGUCACUCUAAACAACCGGACUGUCCCUCCUCCCCAUCACCUACGGUUCAUGGUCUGACUGGUCUCGCUCCCUGUGCCCGGCUCGCCCCGUCUCUUCUUUCCGUGCUGCCUUCCAGGUACCUGGACUGAGAAGGGGGGGAUGUCUGCAAAGAUAAAUUUUAUAAGUUAAGUUAUAGCAAUAGGGUGGAAGUGGUGUGUGUGCGGGGGAGGGGGGUGGGGGGCUGGGAAUUGUACAAUGGCUCAGAAUAGGUUGAAUUUUUUAAAAAGAAAAUGUAAAGUAUUUUGGUUGAUUAAAUGAGGAAGAGAGGCAAAAAAAACCUGUAAUCUUUUAACAUUUGGAAUAAACUGAGUUUUGAUAAA